AUGGCGGAGCCUGAGCCGAGCCCUCCCAACACCGAAGAGGAGGCAGCGGCUGCUGAAGUCAGCUCGCCCGCAGAGGAGCAGGAGACUGCAAAGGAGGAGCAGGACCCCUCCCGGAUUGAGGUGGUGUCAGUGACUGACGAGGACCUGCCGGCUGUCGAGACCCCCAAUACCAUCAACGUCAGUCCCUUCAGCAGCCCGGACGGCACCCCGCCUCCAGACGACAGUGCCGCCGAACCCGAGAACGCCUCCUCCGCCGAGGCCCAGAACCCCCCUGCGGACCCCCCUCCACCCCCUCCCAGCCCCGGCAUGCCUAUCACCAAGGUGCAGCCUUUCAUCAAUGAGGACGACUUCGCCGAGGAGAAGACGUUACGCGGCCGGCUGCUGGCGCGCAGGAUGGAGCUGCUGAUUGCCGCGUGCGUGGCGGUGGCACUCAUCCUCUCCAUCGGCAUCGGGGUGGGAGUGGGUCUGAGCUGCGCUGGAAAGUUCCGCUGCGGUUCAUCCUCCCGCUGCAUCAGCCGCUCGGCGCUGUGCGACGGUGUGAUCGACUGCGAACGCGGCGAGGACGAGCUGCGCUGCGUGCGCCUCAUUGGGAAGAGCUCCGUGCUCCAGGUCCUCAGCGAGGGCGUGUGGCGGACCGUGUGCUCGGAGGACUGGAGCCCAGUCCUGGGAAACUCUGCCUGCAAGCAGCUGGGAUACUCCAGCUAUGUGAACUCCAGUUCCCUCCCCCUCUCCUCCAUUGAGCAGGACUUCCAGAAAGACCUGGUGUCCAUCAACCUGAGCCAGCCAGGCUCCCAGCAGGCCAUCAAAAUCCACAACUCCACCAACCUCAGUAAGACAGAGUGCAGUUCGGGGAAAGUGACAACACUCAAGUGUCUAGAGUGCGGCAUCAGGCCGCGGUUCACGGCCCGCAUUGUGGGGGGGAACCUCUCCAGGCCGGGCCAGUUCCCCUGGCAGGUGAGCCUGCACUACCACAGAGAGCACCUCUGCGGGGGCUCCAUUGUGUCGCAGCGCUGGGUCCUCACUGCAGCCCACUGCGUCUAUGGGUUUGAGGACCCAUCGCUGUGGGCAGUGCUUGUGGGAUUGAUUGAGCAGCCAGUCAAUGGGGCGCAGUAUCUUGCCGUGGAGAAGAUCUUCUACCACAGCCGCUACAGAUCGAAGGGCUUGGACUAUGACAUCGCCCUCAUGAAGCUGGCGGAGCCACUCACUUUUGAUGGUCUCGUGGAGCCCAUCUGCCUCCCCAACUUUGAGGAGAAGUAUGAGGAUGGGAAGAUGUGCUGGAUAUCCGGGUGGGGGGCCACAUCAGACGGGGGUGAGCCUAGCGUGUCCCUGUACUCCGCCCGGGUCCCACUGAUCUCCACCAAGACCUGCAGUCAGCCAGGGGUGUACCAGGGCUUCAUCUCUCCCUGGAUGAUCUGUGCUGGAUACCUGGAGGGGGGCACUGACUCAUGCCAGGGGGACAGUGGGGGCCCCUUGGCCUGUGAAGACUCAGUAUGGAAGCUGGUGGGGGCCACAAGUUGGGGCCAGGGCUGCGCAGAGAGGAACAAGCCCGGCGUCUACACCCGCAUCACCCAGGCCCUCGACUGGAUCUACGAGCAGAUGGAGAGAGAAGAGACACAGGACUACUCCACGAUCAGUACGGAUAACUAA